AAAGCUAGUUACUGCAAGUGAUUUAAACUUCGACGCUCGCGCGGCAAGUACUUCUCAAAUCAACAUUAACACUCACAUUUCUUCGCCAGUAAGUAAGAAAGCAAAGCGUCAUAAAACGAAAACAGUAGCAAUGUCAGUGGAAAUCUCGUCUUCGGACGACCAUUCUACUGACAGUUCUGAUACCAGCAGCGACGACAGCGAAUCAUUCGACGAAGGAAAGCGAUCAAAAUCUCGGCGCACAAAAAAACAUCGCCGUAAAUAUAAAAGACAUGACCAUUGGGGCAAGAAAAAGCGUAGUUAUCGGUUGCAAAAAGUAAGUAACGAGUACACCGGUAAUGAGAAUUUUAAAAUAGACAAUAGUCAAGAAAAACAAACCGUGUCUAUAAAUCAAUCAACUAAUAACCGUAGAUUAUUGCCAUAUUCAAAUAUUUUGCAAGGGGCUAUACCUUCGGAUUUUGGAAUCUUUGAAAUUGGCGAGUCAAACUCCCACCAGCUUGAGUACGGUACAUCAACGAAGAAAGACAGGCAAUCCGAACAAAACUUUGUUACCGAUUAUAGCACUUCGACUUUAGACGAUUUAGCAAAUGCUGCAGAGCAAAUCGACAAUCGUACUUGUUUUACUAUAGAUUAAUUUCGCAUGUUUAAUAGCGUAAUUUGCUAUUUAGUACUAGUGUUGACAUUGUGUUACUAGUAUUGUGCUAUAUAGUAUAUACUAGAACUAUACUGAGUAUAUAUAGUAUUUAUUGACAUUGUUUUGCGUUUAGGC